AUGUCUUCGAAAAAAUUAGGAUUAUUAAUAUGCACGAUAUUCAGUGUUUUGGUUAAUAUAAGUACUCAAACUGUGCACAAGCGUUUUGAAUACAAAUAUUCCUUCAAACCACCGUAUUUAGCUCAAAAAGAUGGAACGGUGCCGUUUUGGGAAUACGGUGGCAAUGCCAUAGCGUCGGGCGAGAGCGUACGGUUGGCGCCAUCUUUGAGGAGUCAAAAGGGCGCGAUAUGGACCAAGCAGCCCAUAAACUUCGACUGGUGGGAUGUUGACGUGAUGUUCAAGGUCACCGGACGAGGAAGGAUAGGCGCUGACGGUUUGGCGUUCUGGUACACGACCCAGCGGGGCGACUACAACGGCGAGGUGUUCGGCUCCUCGGACAGGUGGAACGGGCUCGCCGUCAUGUUCGACUCCUUCGACAACGACAACAAACACAACAACCCCUACAUAAUGGCGGUGCUCAACGACGGCACCAAGAACUUCGACCACAAGAGCGACGGGUCCACGCAGCUACUGUCCGGCUGCCUCCGCGACUUCCGCAACAAGCCGUUCCCGACGCGCGCCCGCAUCGAGUACUACCUCAACACCCUGACGGUAUACUUCCACAACGGCAUGACGACCAACGAGGCCGACUACGAGCUCUGCUUCCGCGCCGAGAACGUCGCACUGCCGCGUGGCGGAUACUUCGGCAUCUCCGCCGCCACUGGGGGAUUGGCAGACGACCACGACGUAAUACAUCUGCUCACCACCUCGCUCCACAGCACACAGCAGCAAGGUGGUCAGCAGAUCAGCAAUGACGAGCAGCAAAAGCUCUCCCAGGAAUACCAGGAAUACCAAAAGAAGUUGGAACAGCAGAAAGUUGAUUACAGGAAGGAACAUCCCGAUGAGGUACGUGACAAAGAGGGCGAGUUCGACGACUGGUUCGAAUCCGACGGGCAGCGCGAGCUGAGGCAGAUCUUCCAGGGCCAGGGGCAAAUCCACGACAUUCUGCGCGACCUCAACAAGAAAGUCGAUGAGGUUAUCGGCAAGCAGAUGAACUCACUGUCGAUGUUGACCGCUGUGUACAGCCAGUCGCAGGCUCAACCCAUCCAGCCGGGCCAACCAAUUCAGCCGGGACAGCAGCCCCCUAUGCAGAUGCCGACUUUACCCAUCGGCCGACAGGAUUGGGACUCUCUAGUCGCGAACAACCAAAUUAUGAUCAACACUAUUGCAGAGCUCAAAGGGUUCAUCAUCGAGGUGUCCCGAAAAUCGGACUCGCUGCUGGCCGGUGCGGGCGCCCCUGCGGGGGCGGCGGGGGCGGCGGGGGCGGCGGUCAACCCUCAGUUCCUCAACGAGCUGAGGGACAGCGUGAACCAAGUCAAGCAGACGGUGGCCGGUGUCGCCCAGAGGUUAACAUCGCAACCGCAAAUAGCCGCCCAAACGGCCUGCCCGAACAUAUCAUGUGUCAGCACUACGAUGCUUCUUAUGGUGGUCACCGCGCAACUCGGUGUCAUGUUCCUCUACACGUUGUAUAAAGAGAGAAAGGAAGCACAAGCGAAAAAGUUCUUC